GCAAGUAUAGCAACAUAAUUGCUCAUUGUUGGCUGCUAUGGGGAAGAUCUCCAUGGCGGCAUCCAUCCUCUGGCUGGCCCUUGUCGCCCUGGCCGUCGUCGGCGAGGCGGCCAUCGUCGAGCACACCUUUGUUGUGCAUGAGAUGAACAUGACCCACCUGUGCAACUCGACCAAGGUCUACGUGGUCAACGGUCAGCUCCCCGGCCCACAGCUGGACGUCGUCGACGGCGACACGGUGGUCGUCCACCUCGUCAACGAGCUCCCACACGGCGUCACCAUCCACUGGCACGGCGUCCGGCAGCUCCGGAGCUGCUGGGCCGACGGCGCCGGCUACGUCACCGAGUGCCCCGUCGCCCCCGGCGGCAACCGCACCUACCGCUUCGACGUCUCCGGCCAGGUGGGCACGCUGUGGUGGCACGCCCACGUGACCUGCCUCCGCGCCAGCGUCCAUGGCGCCAUCGUCGUCCGCCCCAAGGACGGCAGGUACCCGUUCCCGACCCCGGCGAGGGACGUGCCCAUCGUCAUCGGCGAGUGGUGGACGCUAGACCUCGUCGAGCUCGACCGCCGGAAUCUCGACGGCAACUUCGAGGACGACCCGCUGUCGGCGACCCUCAACGGGAAGCUCGGCGAUCUCAGCAACUGCUCCGGCGUACCGGAGGAGAGCUUCGUGCUCGACGUCGAGCCCGGCAAGACCUACCUGCUUCGGUUCAUCAACACGGCGCUCUUCUCCGAGUACUUCUUCAAGGUCGCCGGCCACACGUUCACGGUGGUCGGCGCCGACGCCAACUACCUGACGCCGUUCCGGACGGACAUGGUGACCAUCUCCCCUGGCGAGACCAUGGACGUGCUCAUGGUCGCCGACGCGCCGCCGGGACUCUACCACAUGACCGCCGUCGCCAACCAGCCGCCACCGCCGGACCUGCAGAUCCGCGCGCUGACCUCCCGCGGCCUGGUGCGCUACGCCGGCGUGCGCGCCGACAACGGCGGCGCCCCCGUGCCGGCGCCCCUCAUGCCCGGCCAGCACGACACCAUGCCGUCCUACUACUUCCGCGGCAACUUCACGGGGCUCGCGUUCCCGUCGCGCCACCGCGUUCCGGCGCACGUCGACGAGCGCCUCUUCGUCACGCUAGGGCUCGGCUCCAUCUGCCGCGGCGGCAAGAAGGACUGCAAGCUCCGCCGGAGCAACGAGACCAUCACGGUGGCGACCAUGAACAACGUCUCCUUCCACCACCAGACGGCGGCGUCGCUGCUCGAGCGCCACUACGACGGCACCGGCGAGGGCCUGUACACGGAGGACUUCCCGGACCGGCCGCCGCGGCCGUACAACUACACCAACAUGGACCUGAUCCCGGUCGGGCCGCUGGAGGAGGUGCUCGAGCCGACGACCAAGGCGAUCAGGGUCCGGCGGUUCAAGUACAACUCGUCGGUGGAGAUCGUGUUCCAGAGCACGGCGCUGCUGCAGAGCGACCCCAACCCCAUGCACCUCCAUGGACACGACUUCUUCGUGCUCGCGCAGGGGCUCGGCAACUUCGACCCCAAGAAGGACGUCAAGAAGUUCAACUACCACAACCCGCAGAUCAGGAACACCGUGCACGUGCCAAGGGUAGGCUGGACCGCAAUUCGCUUCAUCGCAGACAAUCCAGGGAUGUGGUAUUUGCAUUGCCACUUUGAGUUCCACAUCGUCAUGGGCAUGGCGACGGCGUUCAUCGUGGAGGAUGGGCCGACGCCUGAGACGAGCCUGCCACCACCGCCAGCGGACUUCAAGAGAUGCGGCACCAAUGGUUUCAGUAAGCCUUAGGUUAUAAAUAGAGAUGGAUUGGAUUAUUGGGUCCGGAAUUUUUAUUUUUAUUUAUUUAUUUAUCAAGGUAACGAAUAAAGAUGAAGGCAGCAUUAUCGUCCUCCAUCGCGUUAUUGGUUGUAAUUGAUGUAUUUUUUUAAUAUUUAUUUACGUGUGCAUGUUAAUGCGGAGAGU